CCGAGCAGCUGUUCACAGAGCAAGUGAAGAUGAAUGUCGGAGGACUUGGAUCUCAGCUGAAGGACAGUAUUCCAGUUACUGAACUUUCAGCAAGUGGACCUUUGGAACAGCAUGAUCUUCUUCGAAAAGGUCUCCCUUGUGUGAAAAAUGAACUUUUGCCCAGUCAUCCUCUUGAAUUAUCAGAAAAAAAUUUCCAGCUCAACCAAGAUAAAGUGAAUUUUUCUACACUAAGAAACAUCCAGGGUCUGUUUGCUCCACUAAAAUUACAAAUGGAAUUCAAGGGUGGGGUUCAGCAGGUUCAGCAUCUUCCAUCUCUUCCAAGCUCAAACCUUUCAUUGGGUAUUUUAAGGGGUAAUGAUGAGACUAUUGGAUUCGAAGAUAUUCUUAAUGACACAUCACAAAGUGAACUAAAUGGGAGAACCACACUGGAUGGAAUAUAA